AUGAGGAAGAAGAAGUGUCUUUAUAUAGUGGUCGUGGUUGUGUUUCUUUACUACGUGUUUGGUGUCGAUGACUAUAUACAUGCCAGGAGUUACGACAAGGAGUUCGACUACCCCCUCAGCAUCGACAUACGGCCUCUGGUAGACGAAGUCCUAGCUGGGAAGAAGCCCUCACUGGCUCCUAUUAAUUUCUACCCAUACAGAUUUUUGAGCAAUUCUGGGAAAUGUACGUUAAUAGAAAAAAUCGAUUUGUUCAUUAUCGUAAAAUCUGCUAUGAAUAAUUUUGAAAGACGUGACGCUAUACGGCAAACGUACGGAAUGGAAACAUUCAAUCAGGGAAUCGUUAUGAGCACGAUGUUCUUCGUCGGCGUCGAUGAACCGAAGUCUGCCACCCAAAGGAGGCUCGAGCAUGAGAUGGCGGACUUCAAGGACAUCAUCCAAGUAGACUUCCAGGACACGUACGACAACAACACCAUCAAGACCAUGAUGUCCUUCAGGUGGCUGUACGAGCACUGCCCCAUCGCAGACUUCUACUUCUUCACCGACGACGACAUGUACGUCUCCGUCAAGAAUCUUCUAGAAUACCUUAAAGAACAAACUAAGACUAAAGAAAGGGACCCGUCAAGUGGGACACAGAUAAACGUGAGAGAUAGCUUAUUUUACGCUGGCUACAUGUUCCAUUCGAGUCCUCAGAGAUUCAGAUCGAGUAAGUGGCGGAUCACCCUGGAGGAGUAUCCUUUCGACCGCUGGCCGCCGUACAUCACGGCCGGAGCGUACGUCGUCUCCAACCGCGCCAUGAAGGUCAUAUAUGCGGCGAGCUUGUUCGUUAAGAACUUCCGCUUCGACGACAUAUACCUGGGAAUAGUCGCCAAGAAGGCGAACAUACCUAUGACGCAUUGUCCUAGAAUUUACUUCUACAAGAAGAGCUCUUCCAUCGAUGGGUACAAGGAUGUGAUCGCGUCCCACGGGUUCCACGACCCCGAGGUUCUCAUGGCGACUUGGAGACACCAGCAUCUUCAGAGCCCCCACACCAAGGUCGGAUGAAUUGAGUAUUGUGUGCUAGAUCUGAUUGAUUUAACUUUGGAACUAAGUAUUCGUUAGAGCAAUUCAUAGUGUACAUUAUUUUUAUAUGUGGAAAGAAUCUUAUCUUCAACUUCAAAUAACAUCUGAUUUUUAAGUAAUUUUAUAUAAUAUGUAUAUGUAUAUAUUUUAUUGUGUAGAAUUUUUUUAGUACAAAUAUGAAUAUUGAUUCAUAAUGAUGUCACAUUUUUUAUAUGAUAAGUUUUUUUGCUUUAGUUUUUAUAUUUAUAUAACCAUUAAGGACGUGUUAGAUGUUUAAAUAGAAAACAAUUGUAAAAAUCCACUAGUCUGAUGCAACUAUUGUGCAUAAAUGAUUCCUUUUAUUUUGUAAUAAUUAAUUUAGUAAUGAAACUAAUUAAAAAAAAUUUCAACAACCAUAUAUUAUAUCGGGAACAAAAAAACAUCAAGUCAUUUUUGUCUUAACGGUAAAUAUUCUCACAAUCAUAAAACAUGUUCUUUCGUUGCCUUAUGUAUUAGAUAACAAAGAAAUAUUCACAUAUAACAAACUUCAAAUAAUGACUAUAUAUGAAGAUAAUAAAUAUGAUCGAUGCAUAAAAAUUGCUAUUCAUUCUAUAUAAUCUAUAUUCGAGAAUAUAACUUCACAGGAUCGAGUUAAAACUUGCCAACAGUCAACAGUUAAUAUUAACUUGUUAUUUAUGUAAAAUAUCCUUAUUAAAAAACUAUUUACACUAACAAGUGUAAGCACAUUCAAUGAAAGGUUUAUGUUAAUGUAUUAAUUGGCAAAUUUAAAAUUUUUCACAGUUCCUUUCCUUCCAUACAAUAUUUAUGAAUAGAAUUAGACCAGAAUAAAAUACACUUCAUAAAGAAUUGUGCGAAAACAGUUUUAUAUAGAGAAUAUACUAUGUAUUAUAAUAAAAAUAUUAUUGUCCGUCCAUUCAUGGUUAGUGGCAAUGAUAUGUACUAGAUAUAGUUAAUUUGUGUCUAAGUUAAUUGAGCAACUUGUCUUAUAAAAAAUCUCACCUCAACCAUAACAUACUUAUGUACCGGACUUAUAUCCAAGGCACUGUCACCAUACUUUACUGGAUAUUAUUUUACUUGGAAUUUGGUAGUCAAAAUAUAAUAUAGAGGUUUUAAUGAUA